GCAGGCCCCCGGAGGGAGGCUUGGUUGCGCGGACACCGGUUACAUAGCGCUACGUACGGGGUGCCCUUGGGCUCAGUCUGCGGAACUCUUGACAGGUAGAACGCGCGGCGGCGGCGGCUUUGCAUCCCUUCCUCUACUUUGCGUGCAGUGACCAUGGGAGACGUUGAGAAGGGCAAGAAGAUCUUUGUUCAGAAGUGUUCGCAGUGCCACACAGUUGAGAAGGGAGGCAAGCACAAGACUGGCCCUAACCUGCAUGGUCUUUUUGGCCGAAAGACUGGUCAGGCCGAAGGUUUCUCUUACACAGAAGCCAACAAAAGCAAAGGUAUAACCUGGGGAGAAGAUACACUGAUGGUUUACUUGGAAAACCCCAAGAAGUAUAUUCCAGGAACCAAGAUGAUAUUUGCUGGCAUUAAGAAGAAGGGGGAGAGGGCAGAUUUAAUAGCAUACCUUAAGGAGUCCACUUCUAACUAAUGGCUUCUGCUGCCUUAUUUAUUUCACCAUACAAAUGGAAAUGACUCUCUGAUGAGAUUGGUUUUUAAACUUUCUAUUUUUACAUGCAUUAUAUUGUAACAACUUCAAAAAGCCUUCUCGUCAGCCAGAGAACUUUUGAUCAUGGAUGGUUGUUAACAUACGUACCUGUUCUUGUAUUAUAAUUUAUAGAAUUGUGCAAUCAGGCUUGAAUGAGUACAGUCAGGGUGACUGUAGUGUUUCCUGAUCAUGUAAUUAAAAAACAAACAACCCCUGUCAA